AAUUAACACAAGAAUUCGUGCAAUCGUUAUUUAUUAUUUGCCAGGUAUUUAAAUUUAGUGACAACGUGAUAAUUUUAUUUUUGGUGCGUUACCAAACACGUCAUGAUCUUUCAGUAGUUUUUCAUUUUUGAACUAAAGGGGGCCAAAAAGUAGUUUUUAACAGUUUAAAAAAAUGCCGAUUAGCCGGCUUGACGUGUUUUACCGCAAAAUACUGUUAUCAAAGUGCUUCACCAAGGGAUGGGGCGAUCCUGAGAAUUUGAUGGAAUUGUUUAAUUUUCGUAAACUCGUCUCAAAUCGCAACGCCUGUUAUGAAUUAUUACCAAAAGACUAUCCGGUAGACAUAAUCAACGUGCAGCGGUUCACCGACUUCCAGAUACUCGAGGGUAGAUUAUGGACCCCCUUUCGCAUGUUUCUACCGUCGCUGCUUGUGCCAGAAAUUCAGCAAGUUUAUUUUCAAAUGAUACUGCCCCGAAAAUGGCCCUCGAGUGACUACAGACCUUUGUGUAUUCACCUCGCGGGGACCGGCGAUCAUUAUUUCUGGCGCCGCCGGAAUUUCAUGGCAAAGCCGCUGCUUCAAGCCGGGAUUGGGUCCCUAAUCGUGGAGAACCCCUACUACGGCACCAGGAAGCCCAAGGACCAGCUGCGCUCGAGCCUCCACUACGUCUCCGAUAUUUUCGUGAUGGGCGGGUGCCUGAUUCUGGAGACGCUGGCGCUUUUGAACUGGUGCGAGCAGAUCGGGUUCGGCCCCCUGGGGGUGUCGGGCAUUUCGAUGGGCGGACAUAUGGCUUCCUUGGCGGCCUCUAACUGGCCAAAGCCCUUAGUGCUUGUUCCUUGCUUGUCAUGGUCGACUGCCUCCUCGGUUUUUACAGAGGGAGUUAUGAGUGAAUCUAUUGAUUGGGACAUGCUGCAAAAGCAGUUGUUUUCAAACAAAAUUUACUGUGAUACUUUGUCAAAGUCGUGUAAAAUUGUUGAUAGUCCGUUUGCAUGCACUUUAAGUAGAAUCCCAGAGUAUGGGUUGACGUCCUUGUUGGAGCAAAAAAGUGACGCUGGAUACAUUUCUCCGUACGAAAUGAUGAAUCUGCUGGAUUCGAGCAACUGUCCUGCCAUUUCUUAUAAGCAUUCUAGUCAGAACGUUAAAGUAGAGUCUAGUGAAUACUCAGUGAUGAAUUUGCCGAUUUUUAACUUUAGUCGCGAGAUAACGGAUAUGAGAAAGCGCGAUAAAGAGGCGAUUUGGUUUAUGAGGGGGAUGAUGGAUGAGUUCACACACUUGAAAAAUUUCUCGGUGCCUUAUGAGCCGUCGCUUAUCAUAGCCGUCUGCGCUGAGUCUGACGGGUAUGUUCCUCGGGUCGGUAUUUCGAAGCUGGAUGAGAUUUGGCCGGGAGCCACCAUAAAGUAUGUCGAUACCGGACAUGUAGGGGCCUACCUUUGGCAUAGAAAAUUAUUUAGGUUUGUAUCACGUAAACACCUUGAACCAUUUUUUCGGCGCGUGUUUGUCUGUCUUGGCUCCUUGAUCAAUAAAUAAAGCGAGUCUAGUCUAGCCCUUGUAUGGAGGUCACUGACUCAGACGGAUUUUCAAACAAGAAAUCAAGUUCAAGGUCCGCAGACGAAAACGCAUGCUCACGCACGAGCCGAUGUUUAUUGGUUUUUUCAGGGACUGCAUUAUUCAAGCCUUCGAAAGGGCGAAAAAAAUUGCUCCGAAGCCAGGGCCCUAUUUUGAAAACUGAGUUAGUUCGUGCCGUUCCUGUUGUUUUGUUUGUAUUGAUUUUUUAAAAGUUUAACUUUGUACCUGACUGAGGUCUUGUGAUAAUUUUGCUAAAAUAAAGAUUUGUUCAAUGAA